UGUUGGAACCAAACAAACCUUCCCUCGGACAGCGUACGCGAGCCUAAAUGAUAAGUCCACGAUGGGGGAUGGAAUGCUUUCCUUGUCGUGGAACAACCACAGCGCCACGUUCUGCCACACGCUCUCCACACUAAGAGCAAAGGACAGGUACACAGAUGUCACCUUGGCGUGUGAAGGAAAGUUUUACCCCGUACACAAGUUGGUGUUAUCAACUUGUAGUGAAUACUUUGAAAACAUGUUUGAAAAUACUCCAUGUAAACACCCUGUUAUUGUGUUGCGAGAUGUUCGAUGUGAUGAGCUUGAGGCUCUUCUUAGUUAUAUGUAUGCUGGUAUUGUAAGUGUUGCCCAAUCAGACCUAGCACAGCUGAUCAAAGUGGCAGAGUUGCUGCAAAUUAAAGGUCUAGCAGUGCCAGAUGAGCCUCCCAAUAGUAACAAGAGGCCAUCUGAUGAUGAUAGAACUAGUCCACACUCGAGAACUCGCCAGGGUCAGAAUGCCAGCAAUGACAGGAGUAGCCCGUACCUCAGGACAAAGCAUUCCCAGGCAUCCAGUGAAGACAGAGCUAGUCCCCUUCCCAAGAGGCGAAGAAGAACGGAUACAGAAGCCUCCCUUGAAGAUUCCCAGUCAUCCAGUGGUAUGCUGUCUGUGAGCAAAAUGCCACUGCAAGCAUGUGAACAGCAAGACCAUUCUAGACUUUGUGGUGAAAUAGACGAGACAGACAACAGGAAUGGGACAGAUCAGAAUGAUUAUCAGUCUAGUGCACAGGAAUCACUUAUUUCAAAUGUACAGGUAACAUUAGAAGAGACACUGGUGAAAGAGGAGGUAUUGGAAGAUAUGCCUGACAACCAAGCAGACACGUCAGAUCCGGGCCAUGAAUUUGACAGCUCGACUGGGGGCCAAGACUCGGGUAACUUGAUGAUCCCGAAGUACGAUGAUCAGGAUUCUGAAGGCCUUACGCAGUCUGGGCUAAGUCAGGCUCCCCCUCUAUCUGAAGCUGUUAUAGAAGCACUUGCUGGUCCAUCAGGAAUGCAAGGUUGGCCAGGAGGUGGUGACAUGGCACGACGGCUAGCCCUUGGAGAAGGUUUUGUUGACACUAACCAAGAUGUGUCAGCACUCACCUUAGGCCAGGCCGGCUCCCAGGCACAUCAGCUGGUGGGACUGGGCAGCAUGAGUGAGAGGAAAGGUGGACAAGAUGCCACCAAGAAGAGGCACCGAUGCCCCUACUGUGUCUACUCCACUGCUAGGAAAGAUCAUUUGAAAAAGCACAUAAGAGUGCACACCGGGGAAAAGCCCUUUGCCUGCGCGCACUGUCCCUACCGCUCCUCACAGAAAUAUAACCUUAAGAGUCAUGAGUUCACCCAUAAGCUGUAAUGUGUAGCAGAAAUUUAGGAUAGAAUAUGCAGUGCCAUCAGCCAGCUGCCUGUGUGAAAGGUUGUACGGUUUGUCCUGGUCUGUUACUGUUUAUUUUCUCAUUUUUUUCACAUCCUUCAGUAUUUGUAAGUUUGAUGAAAGGGAAUUAUUGCCUCAUGAUUUUGAUACAGAAUGUGAGUUCUGUUAAAGAAUUCUCUAGUUGUUGUUUGUUUAUAUAGAGGCAGCAUCUUUUACAAACAUUUUUGUAGUUAUUUUAUUUAUAUCAUAGCAUCCUCAUGAUAAUGUUUCUGAGGAUGAACAUGAUCAUAAUGACCAUCAUCAUGAUGAAUAUAAUUAUCACGAUGAUGACCAUCAAUAUCAUGAUCAUAUCAUCAUUAUGAAAAUGAUCAUGAAUAUCAUGUUAAUAAUAAUCAUCAUCAUCAUCAUCAUCAUCAUCAUCAUCAUCAUCAUCAUCAUCAUCAUCAUCAUCAUCAUCAUCAUCAUCAUCAUCAUCAUCAUCAUCAUCAUCAUCAUCAUCAUCUUCCUAGAAGAAUGGAACUUUUCAGUUUUACCUGUGCUUACUUUGGCUGUAGCUGUCUAGAGUGGUAUUGCCUUGGCUUGGAAGUGUCCAUUUCCAUCUGGUGCAUUCACAUGUUAUCCCCCCAGGGCUUGUUUGGUCCAUUCCCAUCUUGUUCUCCCGGUCCAGUAUGGUCCCAUCCUGUCAUGCCCUCAUAGAUAUGGUUCCUUUCCAUUCUGCCCUCUCUAUUAUAGUCCCCUCUCGUCUUGUCCAGUCUCACGUAAAUUCCCUUCUGGCUUGCCUUUUCUGAUGUGGUCCUGUCCUCUCGAACCCUCCUCGUAGGAUUUAGUUCUACCCUGUCCUUCAGUCUGAUAAGUAUCUGUUGUAUCUUGGAUGUGUACUAUUCUGAGUUGCAUUAAUCCGUCCUAAGCCUUCUCACAGGCAAAAGAGGAUCUAACCUGCUUUAAUAAAUCUUCCAUACUAUUCAUAAUGAACUAAAACUUCUUAAUAUUUUGUACAGUGUCUCUCAUGAUUUAUAUCAGAUAGUUGUAGAGGUGGAGGAGUAUGAUUCUGUGUUGGAAAUUGUGUAUGUAGGUGUGCAUUUUGCAGAUGGCUGAUACAAUUGACACCUGAGUUGCAAUUUAAGAAUGUGACACAGCUGCCAGAGAAUAAAGGUUGCCAUGGUGCAAUCAUUUAUUUUAUUUAAAUAUUUAUUUAUUUAGUUGGUUAGUUAGUUACAACCCUAUUUAUAAUUCUUAUCAAAGGAAUACAUGACUAAAAUGAUCUUGCUUUUAUCUUUAAUGUUCGAUAAGUAGUGUGAAGAACUCGUAAUUCAAAAAUUGAUUAUAGCACUGCAUUGCAACUUCCCUCUCUCCCUCCCCUUUCCUGCUUGACUGUCAUCCCUAAAACACUUGCUCUGCUUAAUUUAUAGGAACCACUUCAUACCUGAAGUAAUAAAAUGCAUUUGUGCAUGGAAGAUUUUCUUAGAUCUCAUUCUUUUUCUUUUUAUGGCUACAAAGAUGUGAUGUAAUGUUUGAGACACCCUGUAUAAAUCUCUGUAGACUAAGGCUGAUCAUCAUCAGCUCUUUUUAAACCAAACCAAGGCACUUUUUUACACUUCAUUUAAACCACUUCAGUGACUAUAUAUGAAGUAGCUUAAAUGUUUACCUGUUUAGUUAAGAAAAAAAAUUGGUAGACCAGUGAUAGUUCAGUAUGUAGGCUGAUGGGCUUUGAGUAAGAAGGCUGUGUAUCAUACAUUGCACCAGAAAGAGUACAAUUACAGAAGUGUCGCAUUGUCUGUGCAGGACAGAUCUUGUGGUAUGUAACUGUUAGGAGGUAGUAUACAAAAUUCCUUUGCUUGACUGCAGUCAUGUAAGAAAAAUAUUAAGAGAAACUUAAGUACAAGGAAUUAAAAAAGGAAGUAAUUUGUGUUCACUGGGGCCAAGAUAACAAUUUAACAUAUUUAAAUAUCAUAGUAAUCAUCGUAUUUGAUUUGGAGGGUAGCUGAGUAUGCAAAGAGGCAACCAUGAUGCCACACCACAUUCCCUCUGUUGUUAUCUACAAGACAUCACAAUACAUUGGUGAUUUUGGUUUUGCACUCAUUUGCACUGAGAUCACUAGGAGGUUGUUUAGCAUUUAUAUUUAUAGGUAAUUUUAGUAGACUUUAUUGUUGGGAACAUAUUUGUAAAUCAUAGCUGUUUUAUAAUUGGUGUAGAUGUUUCUGCCUGUGCUGGAGAAUAUUUGGUCACAAUAAGUGUGAAUGAUGGUCAUGAUUGUCACCAAAUAGUGGUAAACAUAAACACAAAGUUCAAUCUCACCCCUUUACUGUAUCCCAGUACGUGGGAAGUUGUAGCCAAGUUUUUACCUUGAAGGAAAAGCAUUCCCCCCUUCUCUUGCAUGUUGUUAUGUUUAAAAAUAGUAGUUCAGUGUCUUCCUUGGUUAGUGUUGAAUACUGUACCUAUAGGAUGGAACUACUCUUGAGAAAAUCAGUUUACUUUUAUGCCAGGUAAAAUCUGAAAAUCUCAUUGUUAAUUUAGAGUGACAUUCCAGGUGGCAGGUUUCUUUGUUUAUAUAUUUGUUUCUUACACAGAUGAAUAUUGCAACUUGCUAUGUGAUUCAUGAUUAUUGAGCUUCUUUAAUCAACUAUAAAAUAAUUGUAAAUACGAUUGUGAGUGGGAGGGUGGAGAGUUUGAGGAGUGAAAGUGGGUGAUUGUGAUGGGGGAGGGCAUGUGACCAUAAGGGUGCAUUAGAGUGCAGAAAUGCAGUGGGGGAGAGUAUAAGUGAAAGAGUGGAGAGUGCAUGAGUGUGAGGAUGAAAAGUGUGAGUGUAAGGAUAAAGAGUGGGGAAGUGUGAGGGGAGAGAGUGUGUGUGAGUGCAAGGGGUGAAAGUGUAUGUAUAU